CGGUGAGGCAUCAAUUUACACAAUGGCGGGUUGGCCCUCCAGCAUGGGCCUCUGCCACGAGCCAAGUUGUUAUAAAUAAGAGCAAUCCCUUCAGCAUUGCCCCUUUGCAACUCUCCCGUAUCAUUAACCAAGUCUUUGCAAACACCACAACACUCCAAAAUGUCCUUCUUUGAGUCUUCCCAGAACGUACGCCUUGAAGGCUCCUGUCUGAUUGCUGACGUCUGCUGUGCGGACGGCUCUUGGACUGAGAGUAUACUUGACCUCAACAACCACGUUGGCAACAAUGAAGGAUUUUUUGAGAUCGGAGGAAAUGGUGUCUUUGAUUCCGCUGAUCAGGUGUCGUGGAGACUUGACGGCACAAACAUCAUCACAUUGCUGUACCGGUCAGAUGGAAGCUUCGGAGAGGAGCAGUUCCUCGACUUGAACCAAUAUGUCUCUAACGAGGAUGGCGUUCUUGUCUUUAAUUAUUAAAACGCUCAUACGGUUAUACAACGACACUGAAAAAAAUAUCUAUCUGCUAGGAGUCCACUGCUAAAGGCGUAACAAAAGAGAUUACAUGUAUAAAAGCUUGGUGUUAGUAGCUCAGCGCAUUGUUACAGGUAGCAACGUUCGCCGCCUGUACCUAGACACUCACAGGAUAGACAUUAUCAAGACAAAUCCAUUUAAUUUGAAGUCUCUUUGCCG